AUGCUCUCUCCCAAAGAACGUCCGGUCGCCGGCUUUCAACCACCGGCGGUUCAAGAAGUCCUUGAACGCAAUCCGAAAAAGACCAAACGUGAUGAUCGACUACCAGACCUUAUCGCCGUUGACACCUUGCCGGACUUCGUUCCGGAAACACCACUGGACGCGCCGAUGGAACAGCCCAACGAUGACCCUGACUGUCCAAGAAUCUUGGUGACUAAAGAGGAAAAGAAGAGGCUAAGACGCCCGUGGCGCAAAACUCUUAUCAUUCAUCUUCUUGGGAGACCAGUAGGCUAUAACCUCCUUCUCCGGCGCCUGCAAACACUCUGGAAACUUGAAUCCUCCUUGGACCUGAUUGACCUUGUUCAUGGAUACUACCUAGCGAAAUUUGAGUCUCAAAACGACUACGAUCACGUCAAGUUGGGAGGUCCUUGGAUGUUGCUAGACCACUAUUUGAUCGUCCAAGAAUGGGAACCCAACUUCAAUCCCACGUCUAACGUAACAAGAAAGCUCUUAGCAUGGAUCCGCCUACCAACUUUGCCAAUAGAAUACUUCGAGGACGAAUUCCUCAUGAAGAUUGGUCGCCAACUGGGAAGACCAAUCAAAGUGGAUGUGACAACAUGCUUAGCGUCAAGAGGAAAGUUUGCUCGUGUCUGCGUUGAGAUCGAUAUCUCGAAACCAUUGCGAUCUAAGUUCACUCUGGCGGAUGAAGUAUACCCUGUUGAAUAUGAAGGCAUCCACAUGAUAUGCUUCAAGUGUGGAUUAUAUGGCCACAAGAAAGAACUCUGUGGCCUUGAUGGGAAGACCCUUGAUCCUCCAAAUUUGCCUGAGGCAGCAGAGGCUGCAGAGAUGGAAACAGAGAAUGCUCAGCAGAAAACAAGAAACACGCCUAGUCCCUACACUGACAAAUAUGGCUCGUGGAUGAUUGUCAAACGCAAGGAACGAAGGAAUCCAAAGAAACCUGAGAGGAGACCUGUCCAAGAUUUGAGGACGGCCCCAGAUCAACCUCGAGAUCCCGUGUAA